AUGAAGGCCACCUUCGUCACCCUCGCCAUUGCCGGCCUCGUCGCCGCCCAGGACUUCACUGGCCAGCCCGACUGCGCUAUUCCCUGCCUCAAGGACGCCAUCCCCAAGAUUGGUUGCAAGCUUGAGGACGUUGCCUGCGCUUGCAAGCCUGACGCGCAGGCGAAGCUGCUGCCCCUCGUAUCGGGCUGCAUCCUCAGCAAGUGCAGUCCCGCCGACGUUGCCAAGGCCCAGUCCGCCGCCAAUGCUGCCUGCGCCAAAAUCGCCACCCAGAGUGGCUCGGCCUCCGGUUCGGGAUCAGCCUCCGCGACGGGAUCGGGUUCCGCCACUGGCUCUGCGACGGCCUCCGGCUCUGCCACUGGCACCGCCUCGGGCACCGAGUCGGCUACCGCGACUGAGUCCGGCACCGCCUCCGAAAGCGCUACCGGCUCCGCGACGGGCACCGAGUCCGGCUCCGCCUCUGUGACCGCCACCGCCAGCGGCUCCGGCACCUCCCCCUCGGUCACGGGCACCGCCACGCGGUCCGGCUCUGCCUCGGGCACUACCACUGCUGCGUCCACCAGCACUGCUGGCGCCAACAUUGGCCCCGUCGGUGGCGUCAUGGCCGCUGUCCUCGCCGCUGCCGUGGCCCUGUAA